GUGACGGCAAGCGACGUCUGAGUCCCCCAGAUCCCCACCUCAAAAAGCGUGUCCAGAAUUGAUACUACCUCUUUUCCCCUGCCUUUUGGUGUCCCCGGAUCCUUCACUUUCUGACGCGUUGAUCGCAAUGCUACCGUUUCCUAUCGGAAUAACGUAUGGAGCUUAUUUCCUCUCGACAAUUUUCUGCGCUAUGCUCUUGGGAGUGUCUUGCACGCAAACCUUUUCUUAUUUUACCCGCUAUGUCAGAGACGAUCGAUGGCUAAAAACUACGGUUGCUGUUAUAUUUACGAUGAACGCUGUACAAACAGCACUUGUAGCGCAUGGAGUCACUCACUUCGGAGAUUCUUCAUUUUUUGAGGUGGUCCUUCCGGUGUCCUCGACCGGGUUUCUCCUCUCGGCGGUUGUUUCUGUUUGUGUGCAAGGAAUUUUUGUCGUCAAAGCACAAAGACUCAGCGAAACGAGAUCAAGGGUGCUCCCCUCGCUCUGGAUCCCUUUGGCUCUUUUUGAACUCGGGGCUGCAAUUUAUUGCGUUGAUGAGAGACAAGCCAUGACGUUUGCAUUGAGUGAGAUGAUCCAGCGCUUGAUCAUUUUCUCAAUGUUGAGUGGAAUUUGGACCGCUUUGUUCGCUCUUCUCGACAUGGUUACAUAUCUUGGCUUUCCAAAUACUGCGGUGUACGUCUUGUUCGACUUACCUCUUUGCUCGCUGUACUGCAAUACCCUCCUUUUGCACCGCGACCGGUGAUUAUAUCAAUGGAGAGGGGACGCAACAGUACA